AUGGCGACGCCCGCAGCCACCAAGCGCCUGACGAGGGAAUAUGCCACCAUUUCCAGAUCCCCCCCGCCCUACAUCACCGCACACCCCUCGGACCGCAACAUCCUCGAGUGGCACUACAUCAUCACCGGCCCACCAGACACGCCCUACGAAGGGGGCCAGUACUGGGGCACGCUCAACUUCCCGCCCGACUACCCCUUCGCGCCGCCCGCCAUCCGCAUGCACACGCCCUCGGGCCGCUUCCAGCCCAGCAGCCGCCUGUGCCUGAGCAUCUCCGACUUCCACCCCAAGAGCUUUAAUCCCGCAUGGGAAGUCAGCACAAUCCUGACGGGCCUCCUCAGCUUCAUGACCAGCGAGGAGAUGACGACGGGCAGCGUCAGGGCCUCGGAGGCGGAGCGUAAGCUUUUUGCGCAGCGCACGAGGUGGUGGAACAGCACGGGCGGCGGCACAAAGGCUAUCGGCUCAGGAAAUGCCGCCGGCGGCCAGCACGGAAACAUCCGGGCUGGCGAUGGUGGCGCAAGGUUCAGACACGAAUGGCCCGACGUAGAUGAAGAGAACCUGAGGUGGAUGAAGGAGAAGCGCAUUGAUCCCACAACGGGCUUACCCCGGCCAGCCCCCUCUCCCGCACAACACACAGCCUGCUCGCCAGACGUCUCUGGCCUGCGACGACGCCCCGGCACGAGCGCGACGGUCGUCCAAGACGCCGCGCAAAUAGCACGAGAUGCAGGUCAAGGUUGGCUCAGCCGCAACAAGUGGAAGAUUCUCCUUGGCGCCAUGAUGCUGUACAUCAUGGUUGCCAGAGUCCUGGGUGACGGCGCCAUUGCCUCGGCCGCCUGAACAGCGCAUACAGACAUGAGGGAAAUGUAGUUAAUAAGGAUCACGGCAGGCAUUUACUUUUGGCGUUGGGGCGUUGGGCAUACCCAGGCGAGCCCACUACAGGAGCACACCACGGUUUGCCAGGGGAUUCUUCUGUAAAUCAACUUGACAAAGAUGACAAAAAUAACAAAUGCAACUCCAUCGGUCGCUACCG